GAGCGUAGGAGAGCGCCCACGGGAGCCGAUGCGCGGGAGUCUCGGCGAGGAAACAUGGCGGCCCUGACUACGGUGGUGGUGGCGGCUGCGGCCACGGCAGUCGCCGGGGCUGUGGCGGGCGCGGCCGCGGGCACCGGCGGGGGAGCGGCGCCGACGCCGCAACAGAAUGAUGGUGGAGUUCGUCCUUUUCAGCUUCAGAACUGGAAGCAGAAAGUUAGUCAGAUGAAGAAAGCAGAAUUCAUACGCACAGCAGAAAAAUUAAAGAAUCAAGUUAUUGUCAUAGAAAAAGAUAAACACAAUCAUUUCUACAACCAAAGAGGCGACUUCAAAACUGAGCACAGUAUGCUGGAAGAGCUGGAAAAUAAACUGAUAAACAGCAGGAAGACAGAAAGAGCAAAAAUCCAGCAGCAGUUGGCCAAAAUACAUAACAAUGUAAAGAAACUUCAGCACCAGCUGAAAGAUGUGAAGCCUACACCUGAUUUUGUUGAAAAGCUCAGAGAAAUGAUGGAAGAAAUUGAAAAUGCAAUCAAUACUUUUAAAGAAGAACAGAGACUAAUAUAUGAAGAGCUUAUUCAAGAAGAGAAAACAACGAAUAGUGAGUUGAGUGCCGUCUCCAGGAAAAUCGACUCUUGGGCUUUGGGUAAUUCGGAAACAGAGAAAGCUUUCAGAGCGAUCUCAAGCAAAGUUCCUGUAGACAGAGUGACACCAAGUACUCUUCCGGAAGAAGUGGUAGAAUUUGAAAAAUUCCUUCAGCAAACUGGAGGGCGACAGGGGGGCUGGGAUGACUUUGACCACCAGAACUUCGUGAAAGUCAGAAACAAACAUAAGGGAAAGCCGACAUUUAUGAAGGAGGUUGUAGAACACCUUCCAGGAAGAACGCUGGAGGAAGUUCAGCAACACGAGAAGUGGUAUCAGAAAUUCCUGGCUCUAGAAGAAAAGAAAAAAGAGUCUAUUCGAAAUUGGAAAACUAAAAAGCAGCAAAAGAAAGAGGAAAUACUCAAGUUAAAAGAAAAGGCAGACACCACAUCUAUGCCUUCUCAUGGCAAACCAGAAGACAGUCAAAAACAGAGAGAGGAACAGAGAAAGAAGCAGAAGAUGGCAGUUGAAGCUUGGAAAAAGCAGAAAAGUAUAGAGAUGUCAAUAAAGCAUGCUUCCCAGCUCAAAGAAGAGGAAGAGAAAGAGAGAAAGCAGCAGAAAGAGCGCCAGCGGCAGUCCAAGUUAAAACUACUCCUAGAAAGUUACACCCAACAGAAAAGAGAGCAAGAAGAGUUCCUGAGGCUUGAGAAAGAGAUAAAGGAAAAGAUAGAAAAGGCAGAAAAAAGGAAAACUGCUGCUGAUGAGAUUUCCAGGUUUCAAGAAAGAGAUUUACAUAAACUUGAAUUGAAAAUUCUAGAUAGACAGGCUAAAGAAGAGGAAAAGGCAGAAAAACAAAGGCGUCUGGCAAAGUUAAAAGAAAAGGUUGAAAAUAAUGUCAGUAGAGAUCCCUCUAGGCUUUAUAAGCCUACCAAAGGCUGGGAAGAACGAACCAAAAAGAUAGGCCCAUCAGGCUCUGGGCCACUUCUCCAUAUCCCACACAGGGCCAUUCCAACCUGGAGACAAGGAAUCUAGAGGGACGAUGAGAUAAUGCAAGCGCUAGUCACUUGAUGAGAAUAUUAGUAUAUUGUAUUUCAGGAGCAGGUGCUGUUUAAAUGUCACUAGCUUAGUCAGGUUGGUUAUUGUGCUGUAUAUGAAUUGAGAGGUUUUAAAUGUCUUGUAGCACUGUCAGUAUUCUGUUUCUACAAAGAUGGUAUAUGUUGGCCUAUAUUGAUAUACAAGUUAUUGAAAUAGGUUUAUGUUACAAACAUUUUUCCAUUUAAAUACUCAAAAUAUUCAGAUGUUUUGUUUUGUUUUUGUCACGGCUUAAUGACAUAAUUUGGGAGAAUCAGUCUUUUUUAAGUCAAAAUUUUGUUAUUUUUAUAACUUGGAAGUAACUAAGCUUGAGUAACAAAAAAUGUAAAGUGUCUUUUUAAAAAAAGAGUUGUUUAGUAACUUAGUACUUUCCUAAGUUUAACAAAAUGGUAGUGUGUCAAUUGUUUCAUUUUGUGUAAUGAAUAUUUUGUAUUUGAUUAAAGCAUGCUUUGUUUUAUAUGGAGACUAUUUUAAAAAACCUCCCUUGCUACACAUGCCUUACUCAUAUAUUAUGAUGUCAUCAUCUGGGUUUUCUGCAACUCUGUCAUAUUUUCUUUCAAUCUUUUCAGACUCCACAGAUUUAUAAAACCUUUGUGUCUUUGUACCUUACUGGCUGGUACAGUUUUCUUCUGCUUACCUUUGUAAGCUAGUUUUAAACAGUAUACUGAUGUUUUUUUG